AUGUCCUAUUCCUCCACGGCAGUGCGAUUUUUCACAACACCAACCCCCCUGGGGAAUGCCAUGGAUGCCCACAAUCCACAACCGGGGCCAGGAGCGCACGGCCACACGGUCGUGAGGCCCAAUGUGUCGACUGACAUGCCCUCGUCCGAAGUGGCGAAAGAGCACACCCCCAAGAAGCAGGGCAUUACUUUUGCUAAUCAGGACUCAUUGCCAAAACUGCCUAUUCCGGACCUGGAGGAUACGUGCCGCAGGCACCUGGAGUCUUUGGAGGCCCUGCAGACGCCUCGUGAACAUGAGGAGAGUAAGGCUGCUAUUCGGGAAUUUCUGAAGACAGAUGGACCCAUCUUGCAAGAGAAGCUGAAGACCUAUGCCUCUUCGAAGACGAGUUACAUCGAGCAGUUUUGGUAUGAUUCUUAUUUGAAUUAUGAUAACCCCGUGGUCUUGAAUCUCAACCCUUUCUUCCUGUUGGAAGAUGACCCUACUCCUGCCCGGAGCCACCAAGUGACUCGGGCUGCUUCUUUGGUGAUUUCUGCCCUGUCAUUUGUCCGGGCUGUUCGACGGGAAGAAUUGCCCCCGGACACCGUCCGUGGAACUCCUCUGUGCAUGUACCAGUAUUCGCGACUCUUCGGCACAGCACGGGUGCCCACUGAUAAUGGCUGCGUUAUCAGCCAGGAUCCUUUGGCCAAGCAUGUCGUGGUUCUCUGCCGGGGCCAGUUCUACUGGUUUGACGUCUUAGACGACAAUAGCGAUCACAUAAUGAGUGAAAAGGACAUCGCGCUCAACCUGCAGGUCAUUAUCGAUGACGCCAACCAGACUUCGCUUCAGGAUGCAGCCAAGGGCGCUCUAGGUGUACUCAGUACGGAAAAUCGAAAAGUGUGGUCUGGACUGCGGGAUAUCAUGACCAAGGACCCGGCAUCGAACAACGCCGAGUGUUUGAACAUUGUCGACACAGCCCUCUUUGCUUUGUGUCUGGACGACACGGAACCAACCACCACAUCUGAACUUUGCGCUAAUAUGCUCUGCGGCAGUAGCGAAGUGAUCAAGGGGGUGCAGGUUGGCACUUGCACCAACCGCUGGUACGACAAGCUACAGAUUAUCGUGUGCAAGAACGGCAGCGCUGGAAUCAACUUUGAGCAUACGGGCGUGGACGGACAUACCGUGCUGCGCUUUGCUAGCGAUGUUUACACUGAUACCAUUCUCCGGUUCGCCAAAACCAUCAACGGCCAGGCCCCAAGUCUCUGGGCAACGACCAGCCCUGACCCGACCAAGCGCGAUCCACGGAGUUUUGGAAAUGUCAGCACCACGCCCCGCAAACUCGAGUGGGACAUGACGCCCGAGCUGAAUAUCGCCCUGCGUUUCGCCGAGUCACACCUGUCUGACCUGCUGUACCAGCAUGAAUUCCAGGUGUUGGAUUUUGAAGGCUACGGGAAGAACUUCAUCACCUCCAUGGGCUUCUCGCCUGAUGCAUUCGUGCAGAUGGCCUUCCAGGCCGCCUACUACGGUCUGUACGGCCGUGUAGAGAACACGUACGAGCCGGCCAUGACCAAGGUCUUUUUACAUGGUCGCACAGAGGCCGUCCGCACGGUGACGCCUGAGUGUGUGAAUUUUGUCAAGACGUUCUGGGGCGAGAAUCCAGCCGAGCAGAAGGUGGACGCACUUCGCACCGCAACAAAAAGGCACACUGCCAUGACUAAGGAAUGCUCCAAGGCCCAAGGCCAGGACCGCCACUUGUACGCACUGUACUGCCUGUGGCAACGGUCCUUUGAGGAGGGGAUGUACCAAGAGACCAGCUCGACGGGCGGGUACUCCAGCCCAAGCGAUGGGCCCGAGUCACCCAAGCUCUCCGAGGGAUCAGGCGAUGAUUUAUCCUCUUCUCCAGGAAGCGGCAGCCUCCGUGGUCUCCGGGCCGCCACCGCACCGACACCAGCUCUUUUCGCAGAUCCGGGAUGGGACAAGAUCAACAACACGGUCCUGUCGACCUCCAACUGCGGGAAUCCCUGCCUGCGCCAUUUCGGGUUCGGCCCCACGUCCGGCGAUGGGUUCGGGAUCGGAUAUAUUAUCAAAGACGAGUCGAUCUCGUUCUGCGCUUCGUCAAAGCACCGCCAAACUGCACGUUUGAUGCAGACGCUCGAGUCGUACCUCUUUGAGAUCAGGAAGUUGCUGCGUGCCACGAACCGCACGGCCGCGAGCGCGCGGACGAGCCGUGCGAGGGAGACCGAGGCGCAGGCUGAGCGUUUGCAGAAUGAUAUGCGUCGUCGCGGCCGGGUUGUGCGCGGUGAUAGGGGCGUGUCUGAGACUCCGACUGCUACUACUGAUAGUGGGGAGAUGGAUGAUGAUGAUGGCAUGGGAGGAUAUGGUUUCUUUGAUGCCGGCAUGCUCCUUCAUGCCCUCAAGGGCCUCGAUGCUGAGCGCGAACAGCGAGGUGACAAACCGUCCAAGAGGCGGUUUGUGGGGAAGAAGCUGUAUCUGAGUGACUAUUGA